AUGUCCAUUUCCUGCUGCGGCCAGGAGGAGUUUGCCAAGCACGCGGCAGGUUUCUGCUUGUCUGAAUCAUCAUCUUUACAACUUCCCACUAAACCAUUCUUUUCCGCGCUCGAGAGUGUCGUGUCUGGUGCCGGUGGCUGGAAACUGUCUUCCAUCGGCAUUUUCUGUCUGAAUCCGCCAGCUCUCUUGGCCAAGGAGCUUGAUAUACUCGCCAUACUCAGCUUCCUAAUAACCGUCGAGGCUGAGCUUCUGACUAAACGCUCGCUUCGAGACCGAACUCCCAUCCCUGGAAAGGGUAGAAUCUCUCGACUCCAUACAUCAGCCAGAAUGGUCUCCAAACGUGCGCGUUCGCUUCGAGCAGGCGCAAGGAACGAUACUCGUGCCUUUGUGGUAAGCAAUGAGUGA